AUGACAGACUCGUUUAGGGGUGGAUCGGGUAAUUUUAGGAGAGGAAAUAAUAACAACAAUAAUAACUCCGUGCGUAAGGGAAAUACUUGGAAAGGGUCCAAUGGAGGAAGAGGUGGAAGGGGCGGAGGUGGAAGAGGAGGGGGAGGAAGAGGAGGUGGAGGAAGAGGAGGAGGUGGAAGAGGAGGAGGUGGAAGAGGAGGAGGUAAGGAUGGAAAAAGAGAUAAAAAAAAUUUUAAAAGAGAUAAUAAAUCAGGAAAAGUAAUAGUAAUACCACAUAGGUUCCCAGGAGUUUAUUUAAUAAAAGGGAAAUCAGAUAUACUAGUUACAAGAAAUUUAGUUCCUGGUGAAAGUGUAUAUGGGGAAAAAAGGUUCGAAGUAUUGAAUGAAAAUGAAAAAAUAGAAUAUAGAGUUUGGAAUCCAUUUCGUUCAAAAUUGGGAGCAUGCUUAAUGGGGGGAGUAUGCAAUAUGCCUAUAAAACCAGGAUGUAAAGUAUUAUAUUUAGGAGCAGCUAAUGGUACUUCAGUUUCACAUGUGUCUGAUAUGGUUGGAGAUGAAGGAGUUGUUUAUGCUAUAGAAUUUUCCCAUAGAUCUGGUAGAGACUUAACAAACAUGUCCAAAAAAAGAUCAAAUAUUGUACCUAUAGUUGAAGAUGCUAGGCAGCCAAUCAAAUAUAGAAUGCUAGUUGAUAUGGUUGAUGUUGUCUUUGCCGAUGUGGCACAGCCAGAUCAAGCACGUAUUGUUGCUAUGAAUGCUCAUAUGUUUUUAAAAACAGGAGGAUGGUUUAUUAUUUCUAUUAAAGCUAAUUGUGUGGAUUCUACUGUGAAACCUGAAGUUGUCUUUGCCUCUGAAAUGGAAAAAUUAAAAAAAGAGAGUUGCAAACCUAAAGAAAAGCUAACAUUAGAGCCUUUUCAUCGUCACCAUGCCAUAGUUCUCGGUAUGUAUAGAUAA